AUGUUAACUGGCAAAAACAGUACGUUUUUUCGCGUUAACAUCAACCUUUUGUUUAUAUAUCAUAUAGAAUGAUAUUAUUUUAUAAAGAACAGUAUAAUAUAUAAUAAGUUAUGAAGUACUGCCCGUAUUUUACUCAAAAAUAAAAAUGACAUUUUAAAAAUUUAAAUUUAGGUAACAUAUCAAACACAAAUGCCUCAAAAUAUAUCAUAAAAAGUUGCAUUUUAAAUCCAGAAACAGUCGAUAAUCCGUAAACUUUUGAAAAACAAAGUUGAGAGAGCAAAAAGCCCUCUAACCUCGUGAGCUACCUCAAAAAACCCUCCUGAAACCAGUUUUUCGCUGUGUUUUUUUCUCAGUUUAUAUCUAAAAACAUAUUCGAAUUGCCUUUUUGAAGUUCGAAAAACGUAUAAUGCAAAUUCGAAAAGGCAAACAAACAAAUUUAUUUAUUUUGAUUUGAUUUUUGAAGUUUUUGAAGAUUUCAUGUUUAAUUGAAACGAAGUGUCAAAAGCGAAAAGACGAAGUGUAAAAAAUCAUAAAAAAUAAUUAUUUAUCGGCCGAAAGUUAAUCUUUAUAUUGUGAUAGAUUUGGGACUAUUUUUAGCUGUAAUACAAGGAGCAGAACAUUUAAGGGUAUGUCUUUAGUAGUUUUUUGUGCGUUUUUAGGUAAGAAACCGAUAGAAUCGUAUAUUGAGGGUGUGAUUUAUUGUGAUUUACUCGAAAUUGACUGUUCUUGAACUUUUAAUGGUUCAAAAACUUUCUAAUUACCAAAAGCUAUUAUUCUUGAAGAAAAAUGUGCUUACGGAAGUGUUUCUAUUAAUAAAAUGAAUCGUCAAACAUGAAUAACAUCCGCAAUAUAUCAAUUGAUUUGUUACUCACCGAAACAGAUGGAAAACAUAUCAAUAUUUGUUCUUUCUUGUGUCUGACAGCUAUUAUGCCUUAAUAGUAUACCUUCCUCAAACUGAUUUUCUAAAAAGAGUCAAGAAUAAUAUAAAAAUAAGUUACAGAAGUCAAUUUCAGAUCUCUGACGCUUUAUAUCGCGGCUUUCAAAAAGUGAUCGGCCAAUGCGGCCUGUGGGUGGUUGGAAAUGGCAGAGAGGACGACGAGAUUAGUAACGUUUUUGCUCGAGCGUUCCGAAAACAACUUGAGCAGGUAAGACAAACAAACAAAGUGCAACUACUAUAGUAAUUAAGUUUCAUAAUACUCUGGCCAGAGAUUUGGGACAAAAAUCAAACAGAAUCGUUGAUCUUUGGUAAAACUAUUAGAAAAGCAAACAAACAGACAAAAGUUUGGUUAUACGGUAUAUGUUACAGUUAGAGGUAUAUUAUUAUGGUCAGAGGGAUAUUGUUAUAGCUAGAGUUACAUUAUCAUAGCUAGAGUUUUCAUUUUAAGACUUUAAAGAUAAAGGGUUUAAUUUAUAUGAAUAUAGCUUAAAAUUUAGAGGGAGAACAUCUCAGAAACCUUGUUCUUCAUAGUUAAUAAUGGUACUGUGAUACAUAAGGCUACAGAACCAUGGGACUACAAGAAGCCGAUGGUAAACUCUUGCUUCAACACGUUAUAUAUCCUACAGCGAGAAGGGAAUAUCACAGAUGAAGAUACGAAUCUGUUCAGAUGUCGUUUGGCUACUAAGUUAACCACUCCUCCACCUGGUAAGAGCUUUUAUAUGAUUAUCAUGAUUACUUUUUGAUUAUAAACGGUUUUACUGAUAGUAAGGUUGCUUUUAAGUUCAUUGUCAUAAGCUUUUUUAGUUUGAUAAUUCAAUUUAUAUAUUUUAUUCAAUUUAUAAAUUUUAGCUUUAUUAAUUGGGGUACCAGAUGAAAAAAUAUCGUCAGCUACGGUACCACCGACACCAUUAGGGUCUACAGCGCCAGCUAUUAUACUUCCGAAUACAUUACACUCAGUAGAACGACAUCCGUUACCUGUUACUUUGUUUUGUGGAGCUAGUUUGGAGUCAUUAGUUGAGUUGAAGGAGUAUAUACAAUGUGGUGCACCUGUUAUUAUUAUAGAAGUAAGUUAAGGUCUAUUUUUCUUAUAUUUAUAUUAUUAUGCAGUCUGCGAGUGAGAGGUUAUACGAUUAAACGUGUUUUUAUAGUGUUUUUUAUAGUCAUAACGUUUUGUUACAGUAUUUAGUAUUAUUAUAGUGAUGUAUAUGUAAGUAUUAUUACAGGACUGUAGUGAGUUAUGUGCCAUUCUCCGCAACUCUUUCAUGAUCUACAACACACCCAACUUUGAGCACUCCACCUUUGUCAAGUGGCUAACUAAAGAGUUACAUUCGAUUGACAAUGAUGAUAACAAGAUCGCCAAGGCCAAAGAUGAUAUCUGUAUCAUUUUUGCCACUGGAAUUGGAUUCUACAACUUGUUCACCUUUAUCAAAGCCUCUGAAACUGAAAAUCUGGCUGAACAUGUGCUGAAUUUACUGAGUAAAACUACUACUGAUGUGAACGACUUGACUCAAGUUGCUGAGCUGGCUGCUAAAUUGAAUGUGCCAUCAAUUUUGAGGCAUCUGGAGGUUGGAAGCUCUUUCGGAAGGGAGGUACGGUGUGGUGGAGUUAGAUUAUAGUUUUAUGUAUAGUUUAAUCAAAAAAGGAAAGUAAUACAAUUACUCAGUUUGCUGACUUUGAGUUGAUUCUCAGUGGGACAGGUUGGUUACUUUGCUUGUAAGAUCACAGAAGUUCUGUUAAAUUAAACUAUGACGUUUUAGAGUAUAAAUGACAUUUUAUUGAAUGCCUUGACAUCAAAACACAAACAAGAAACUCUUCUCGAGGUUCUGAAUCAAAAGCCGUCGAUUGUUUUGUCGGACACAUUUUUGUUACGAUGGUUGGAUAAGGUGGAUGAUAAAGUAAGUUUUUAUUACUUUAUAAAAUUGAAAAGGAGUUAGUUAUAGUAAAAUUUUUGAAAAAUAGUUUCACAGCUAUCUGUGGAACAAAAACGUCUCUGAUCUAUAGUAGUAUUGAUAUGGUUGUACGGGGCGAUCAUGCAAUUUUUUGAUUAUUUGUGUUUAUUGACCUACCGGAUAUUUUUAUGUAUGAACUUCUUUAAAACUAUAAGAUUCAUGUAAAAUACAUUGCUUCAACCAAAAAUAGUUUCAGUUUUUCUUCCAAACGGUAAUCAUGGAGAAUAUCUUGGGGUAUGGGCGAAUCCCGAACGAGAUUUCUAUUGAGUUUGUUAAUGACAUCAACAAGUUAUUGGUACGUUUAUUUCAAACCUAAAUUUUGGAAAAGUUGCUGUAUUAUGCUCUGCUGGGGCAUUAUUUUUAUUUUUUAUAUAUUAUUUUUUUAAAUUUUAAAGUUUAAAAUAAUCAGUUUUAGUACCAGCUAUCCGAUGGAAUCUACAACUUAUUCCCAGCCGAAAUCCUUUUAUCUCCGCCAAACGAAGUCGACACCAAUCGUACCAUAGCUGUCCUGGCUACCUGGGCACUACUUAUCAAUCAGUUGGAAGCAUGUAAACUGUUAGCUGCUUAUUCAAAUGAACCUCUACACCUGGCCAUAGUGUUAUGUAAGGUAGCCAAAGAGUUGGUGAAGACAUGCAGUAACUACUCGUUUUACUGUACUGGAUAUUUCAAGAUAGCGGCGUUCUUUGAAGAUUACUGUAGUGAAAUUGUUGGUAAACAGUAUGGUAAACAGCCACUGAAGGUAUAUCAGGCGUUGUGUACUCAGAACAAAUACUAUAAUGGGAAAAGCGCGGCUCUUCUGGCUUUUGAGGUACGUUAACUUUAUUUUUUAAAGGUUGUUUUAAGUUUAUAUUGUUGUAGUAGAUAACAAAUACAAUCAUGUAGUAUAGUUAAGUCUAUGUAAUGAUGUUUAUACAUCGUACUACGAAUAAUAUAUAAACAAUGUCAUUUUACAGACAGAAAACCGCAGUUUACUAUCAAUCGACUGUUUCAAAUGCUGGGCGAUUCGACUUCUCAACUCUACCAUAGUAACUUCAUCUUCUUGUACCAACGGACUCAAGAUAAUUUUAAGUGCCUUACUAGUAUUUCCAAUAAAAUACUGGUACAUACAGAGAAGAAGUCUAUGGAGUAGUCUACAAAAAGAUGCUGAUGACAAAGGUCACAGUCCUACUGUAGCUAUGUUGGAGUUUGAGGGUCGGGUAUCGAAGCCUAAGAGGGCUAUGAGCAUGUAUUCUACUGCUAGUAAGCUUGUUUUACAAUAAUAAUCAAAAUUCAUAGAUAAUCUAGGUAGAGUUUGAUCUAUUUUGACAGAAAAAAGCCAGUUUUAGGCACAGUUUUUCUGUUUUUCUUUUUGCAGACUGCGCUCAUCAUGUUAUACGAUCAAAAGUGUCUGAAGAAACAAUUUUUUAUUUAAAAAUUUUUGGGUAGACUUUUAGGCUUUAAAUAUGUUAUCAACAACGAAAAAUUACUGGAAGAUUUAAAAAAUUAAAUAAAAUAUCACCUAAAAAUCUUCAGGUAGAUCAAUCUACGCCCACGACUUCCUAAACACUCGAGAAACAACCCCAUUAGACCUGAAUCCAGAACAAAAUGACAUGGGCAACUUCAAUGUGGACUUUAACGACUCACAAUCGACCAAUUUCAUGCACAACAAUCAUAACAUGUUACCUGUCAACGAUGAUGUUGAGUCUUCUUUCCUGUACGGUAAUGAGAACAGAAUCUCUCGGCACACACCAUCUCCGCUUGGCAUGAAUCUGAGAUGGUCACCUAGCUACAAAUCCCACAGAAAACGACAGACUACGGUCGAGGAUGUGGAAACCUUCUAUGAUACUCCGGUCGUCAAACUUUGGAUCUCACUCUUCUUCAGAUUUCUCUAUUUAGGCUUCUUUGGUUUUACGGUAAGGCUUGGCGUAUUGUUGUAGGUUUGAUAGGUAGUUUUGCUUUAUAUUAUUGUAGGUUUUCAAUAAGUGGGACUGCUAUAUUCUUUUACAUUUUGAUUUGCACGUUCUUAUGUGUUUAAAGCAUCCAUCAGGUUGUUUAAAUAAUUCUGUGCUCUUUAACUUCGAAAAUUUGCUUUUGUAGGAAGCACAGAAUUAUUUGAACCAUCUAGUAGGUAGAAAAAUAAUUUUUUAAAGAAAGUUUGUUUCAGUUAAUGCAAAGAGGAUGUGUAAAUGAAACCUUAUUGUUACUUGUUUGGAUGUGGACUUUGAAUUACUUAUGCGAAGGCUUUUGGGUAUUGACGGUUCGAUUGAAAACAACUAUGCUGAAUAAGGUAGGUCUAUCUUGUCUUUGCAGGUCGAGGGGAUAAAACUAAAAUGCAAAUUAAAAAAUUAUUAGGAUGUUAAAAUAAUUCUGUGCCCUUCACCUCAAAAUUUGUUUACAGCUUUAUGCUAUUUUUCAUGGUAUAUCAAUUUAUGUUAUGUAAAGUUAUUCUCAGAUGAAGUUCCGGAUGUUUGACCAAAUCAUCAUCAUGACAUUCUUAUGUUGUUCGUUGAUCUUUCGGACUGUUGGUUCAAAGUUUUGGUCGGCGGAUGUAAGUUUUUUAUCAUGUCUUUAAUAUUAAAAGAACAUAACUUAACUAAUCUGCUUUACAGACAAGUAAUAAUAUAAUUUUUUGUUGAAAACGUCAUUUGUUUCAGUAUUUGAAUUACUGGUACGUCUACAAGAGUCUACAAGCGAUAUUCUUCAUUUAUCAAUCAUACGCUACUUUCUUUCUCUAUGGACCCUACUUUGAAGGCUCUGGAAAGCUGAUAAUCUACUUGAAGAACAUCUCAAAGAGUGUUGGGGCUGUAAUCUUUGGGGCUUCAUUAGUGGUGUUCUGGUAGGGCUUGAACUGUAUUUUAGUAUUGAAAACAGACUUUAAAAGGCUAAUGAUAAUGUCUGGCUUGAAGCUAUUAAAAAUCAAGUUUUCAGUAGUAUCAUAGCAACAAAGACCGUGGUAUUUCCUGAUACUGAAGCAGUAUCUUCUCAAUUAUCCGAAGUGACAUCUUGGGCUCUCAAAUCUAUCAUUCAACCUGACUUCACCUUCUUAUCAGAGUCUGCCGACUGUGCUAGGUUCUCUUUCACUCAACCUCCACAACAGUGUGGUGUCAUAGGAGGUUACGGUAAUCGAAACUGCCCUACUGGAGGAAUACUGUCAUCUUUUGCCAUUGGUCAGUAUCUUCUUAUCCUAAACCUUCUAUUGCUGCCACUAUUGGUAGCACUGUUUGUCUAUGGAGUAUACAGUAGUAGAGAGGAGGUACAGUACAAACGAGUGCUUCAAUUGUACUAUAUUGGAAUGGAAUUUGCUGCACGACCAGUACUACCAGCACCUUUUACUUUCGUUUUCUUUGGAAUAUUGAUUUUGAGGAGAAUCUGUGGCUGUAGCAUUUGGAUUGUGAACAAAAGGAGGAUGACAGAACAUCCGGAUGAAAGGGGAAUAUUCUCCUUGUUUGGAAAGAAUAGGAACAUCUACAGGAAUCCUAGUGUAAGAUAGUUUAUGAUCAGUGUUUUUCGAAGAAUUCUAGAGUUUUUGUUAUUAUUAUUGUUUGUUGUGGUAUAUUAUAGUAGGUUUUACAAUAUUAAAGUAAAAAAGUAAUAGUAGGUUUUACAAUAUUAAAGUAAGGUAGUUGUAAGAAAACUUAAAUUAACAUCAGGAAUUUCAGAUUCCCCCACUAAAACGCUCUCAAAGACCAGACUUUUGGUCGGACAAGUUUAUAAAACAUUGGAAAACGUCAUCUUCAUCUACAGCUUCUAAAUGUACAUCAUGUCGAUCAGAUUCCGUUGUUCGAUUAAAUGAAAAGCUUCAACUGUUAGUGAUAUCAAACAUUUUUAAGGAAAGUGAUAACAAAGUUCAGCAUUUCACGAAAGAAAAGGAUCGACUGGUCGUAAAAGACGAUUAUAAACCAUGGACAGUACUGUUACCCAAUUACUACGCACCAAGCUACUCCAAGAAUGUGGACGAGUUUCCAUACGAAUUGAGGAAAAGGGUGGAUAAUAUCGAGGUAGGUGUUAGGUUAUUCAGAUAAUUCUAUGCCCCGCGACCUUAGAAAUUUGCUUUGAGAGGGGCACAGAAUUACUUGAACAACGUAAUGUAACAAUAUUUUGUUAAAAAAUUUAUGUUAUUAAGUUAACGAAAUGUCAAUUUUUCUAAUAGUAGAUGAACGAAGUGUCACAAGUUUAAAUAUUCGAAAAGAAGUUAAAUUUUGUGUAGAGAAAUAGUACUAAGUUUGCAAAAUAUGAAAAAAUGCACUUUUAGCACAUCGCGGAGAUCAAGAAGAAUUGGCGACAAAACAAGCUGGGACGUCACAUCAACAACGAUGUUAACAAGGAUCGCCUGCUGUCUUCUGAUGGAUUACCUUUGAAUCCAUUGGGGAGACAAGGCAAAUAUGGCAGAGGAAACUUUGCCAAAUUUGGAUCGAAUGUCAUUUACUUUUAUGUUAUUCUUGCUCAUGUUGAGGACGAUAUUAAGGUAGGUAUAAACGGGUAUUGGAUCGUCAAGGUUGUUACUUUCACUUUUAUUUAUAUUCUUAUUUAUUCUUUUUUUCAAAGUUACAUGUUGUUCAAAUAAUUCUGUGCUCUUCUCAAAGCGAAUUUUUAGGGUUAGAGGAUACAGAACUAUUUGAAAAACUUAAUCGUUGUUUUAAAAGGGCAAAAAAGGUUUUUAUAGUCCUUCCUUUCUGAGAAGUCGUUAAAUACAUCAUUGUAAUAGUUGUUAUCGUUAACAAAGUUAUUGUUACAACAACUGUUACAAACGUCUGUCACAGCCUUGAGGGUGUUUAUGUUACAAAAACACCUUCAAGAUAGUAACAAGGUGUAUUACAACAUAGCUUUGUAUUAACUAUGUUUUAAAACCUUACUUUUUAUGAUCAUGGUAAUGUGUAUGUUACAGCCUGCUUACAAUAUCUGAUAAUAUAUUUGACUUUAAUUGUAUAUACACACUAUAUUUGACACUUCGAUUUUUUAGGUAUUACUCACUUCUAACAAUCAACUACCGAGUAAACAAAAGUACGGUGGACUACGUUCAGAUGAGUAUUUGUCAGUUAUUCUGACUAAUCUGAAGGUGUCAGAUUCCGAAAUUCAAAGGUUUUCAAUCAGAAGUCAUUUGAGUGUAGGACAACGCGAUCACAAUAUUGCACAUGUCACCUGCACUCCAAUUGACACUGAAGAAGCGACUGAUAAUGCUUGGCUUGAAGCUGACUUGUGGGCCAUUACUUUGAAGUAAGUUUAUACUUGUGUGAGAGUAAAAUACGAGGGAGUUUGUUUGGUCUGUCAAAGAUUCUGCUGCUUUGCUCAUUCAAUAAACGUCCAGAAGUCAGGUCAACCUCACUUAUAGAAAGCUUUUGAUACUAUUCUCAAGUUUAAAAAUUUAUUACUUUACUUUUAGAAAUUAUACUCCAACAGAAAUGACAGAUUACCAAUGGCUUAGUGUAUCUGAUGACAAUAUACCUGAAAUGUACCGAGAUUUUGUGAAAAAGUCCGUUGAAAUUUUGCAAACCUCAGAUUGA